AUGCAAGAAGAUGGAGGAGGAGGAAGAGAUAGAGGAGUUGCUGGAAAUGCUGGAAAUGCUGGAAAUGCUGGAGCAGGAGAUAUGAGAGAGGCAGCAGAUGAUAGAGAUGUAGCAGGCCGACGAGAGAGAGAUGAGAGACACGAAUGGUCGCUCCUCUCUAGGCCACUGUAUAUACCUGUAUAUUUCCCCUUCAUCAACCCCCCCAAUAACCUUGAGUCUUCAAGCCGCAAGAGGGCGGCCACCCAGAAGGGGUUCGCGAGUCGGGUCAACCCCGACUCGCAAUACCCAGCCAAGAUAACAGCGAACCCCUCGUUAUUGGAUUUUGGCAGCAUGAUUGGCACCGAGGGCAUCAACAUCAACAGAACUAUUAUAUCCUCCGUGGCGUCAACAUAA